AUGCCAUUCCUGCACGUGAUCCUGCGUAGCGCGACGGACCUCCCGUCCAGCGACUCUUGCUUUGUCGGUGGCAAGAGCGACCCGUACGUGAUCUUCAAGCUCAACGGUACCACGCACCGCAGUCUGUGCAUUAAGAACGAGUUGAACCCAGUGUGGGACCCUCCAGAGCACUACGUAUUUCCUGUAACCGACGCCUCGAGCUCGGUGCUUACCGUGGAAGUCUUUGACAUGGAUACAAUGAAUGCAGACGACCUGCUGGGCAUUCUUAAAGUGCCUGUGGCCAAGUUUGCAGACGAGAUGGAGGUUUCAACGCUCGAGAACUACCCGCUCUCGUUGGAGAGCGAGUUCGCUGGCCAGAAGCGCAAUAGUACACUGCUAUUGGAGAUAUGUCUCAAACAAGUGGACGACCAACGCGUGUACAUGUGGGAAAACGAGAGCUGGUCCAUUGGGAGCGGGUGGAAACCCACCAAUUCGUCGGAUCGACGUCAGUGGUCGUCGUACGACGAUUCGGCUACCUCGUCUAUGUUUAUUGAAGUGGCGCCACGUGCGCCAGCCAAUAUGACAGAUGCAGGCUGGCAGUAUUGCUCUACUCGUGGAGAUGAACAGGGCUGGUCGUAUGCCAAAACGUUUGGAGGUCCCUGGACGCCCAAGAAACCGGUAUUUAGCUUUGUCAGACGUCGCUUGUGGGAAAACACAUUUGAACGUGAAAUUGACUCCAAGUUGAGUUGA